AUGGAUUUCGGCGAGAAGAUAGCCAUGGAUUCUGGCGAAAACAUAGAAGAAACAACAACAGCUGUAGACCGAAUCAGUCAGUUGUCGGACGAUCUUCUCCUUCACAUUCUCUCUCUUAUGCCGACCGAAGCCGCACUUGUGACAAGUGCUCUCUCAAAAAGGUGGCGCUAUCUUUGGAAAUCACUUGAUAGUUUCUCUUUUAGUACAUUUGGUAACUAUGAGUGGUAUGUAUCCUAUGUUGAUUAUGUAUUAGGUCAUUCAGUUUCUCCCAAAAUUAAAAAGUUUCAACUCGAUAGUAAUGAGCCGGAUGCAUACAAGUCAGACAUGGAUCGAUGGCUUAGUUUUGCUAUUGAAAAGAAAGUGGAAAAUUUGAAAAUCCAGUCAGUCUCUGAAGAAGAGGUUUAUGCAUUGCCGGAAUGUUUAUACACCUGUUCGUCGUUGAUAACACUAGUUGUGGGAUUCUGUUCUUUUGAUGCUAAUGUGGCUGUAGCAUGGAAGUCUCUAAAGAGCAUAAAAUUGAAGUGGAUGGUGUUAUCUAAUGACCAUAUUGUGAACUUAUUGUCGGGAUGUCCUAUAUUGGAAACUAUGGAAUUAUUUCGUUUUAAGGGUUUUAGUCGUUUGGAAAUUAGGUCUUCAAAAUUGAAGAGACUAAAUUUGAUAGCAUACAAUGAUGAUGAACUUGAUCAUUCCUUGGAAAUUGUUGCCCCCUAUCUUCAGCAUUUGGAGAUUUGUGAAAGUCUUUAUGGUUUCAAGUGUAGGCUUGUAGACGUAUCCUCCUUGGUUAAUGCUAAGCUUACGUUCGAGAUUACAUGUCCUGUGCAUGUUGCAGUUCAAAGGGGUGUGAAUUCCAGAAUUGAAAUGCAAGCUGCCAUGUAUUUGUCCCUGAUCGUAUUCUGUUUCCAGCCUGAUGCUACCUUCUGCUGCUUUGGGUUACAAGAUUUGGUCAAAGAAAAUAAUAUCAAUUUGCAGAGAUGGAUUUCAAUCUUUGUGCUUCCCAACCUCAAGAAUGUUAAGAUUGUCAUCUCCUCCCGGAUAUGCUUGAUAAAUCAUCUCAACUGGUCCUAUGCCAAGAAUCUUUUUGAACUUUCAGAAUUUUUGUUAAAGAAUGCAUUAGUUUUGGAGAAGUUUGUUAUCAUAUCAAAGAGAAGAAGGUGCGAGAAAUGUUCAAUGAACUGUGCGUACAAAUAUUUAUUUCCAUUGGCUGAGAAAUUGUUAGGUUCCCCAAGAUUAUCCACCAAUUCUGUGAUUAUCUUCCGGGAGUGA